CUGCGCUUCACCGACCCUGAGUUCAGAACUUGUCCUGCGUUUUCCCUUCUCUACCCUCUUGCAUAUCAUUAUUUUUGUUCUCAUCUUCACCAUCUCACAUUACCGACCAUGGAUGAGAUCGCUCCAGAAUACGAUGUCAUUGUUCUAGGCACAGGUCUGACUGAGUGUGUUCUAUCCGGUGUCUUGUCUGUCAAAGGCAAGAAGGUCCUUCACAUCGAUCGAAACGAUCAUUAUGGCGGUGAGGCCGCUUCAGUGAAUAUCGAGGCUCUUUUCAAGAAAUAUGGCAACUUUCAAGACGGUCAGGAACCAUGGAAGAAAUACGGUCGGAUCAACGACUGGAACGUCGACCUCGUGCCCAAACUCCUCAUGGCCAAUGGCGAACUCACCAACAUUCUCGUUUCCACCGACGUCACUCGAUACCUCGAAUUCAAACAAAUCGCAGGCAGCUUCGUGCAGCAGGGAACUGGGCCCAGGGCGACUGUGGCCAAGGUCCCAUCUACCGCUGGCGAAGCGCUGAGUUCUCCUUUGAUGGGACUGUUUGAAAAGAGAAGGGCGAAGAAAUUCUUGGAGUGGGUUGGUGCUUUUGAAGAGAACAACCCUGCUACACAUAAUGGACUCAACCUCAACAAAUGCACCAUGAAAGAAGUCUACGACAAGUUUGGUCUGGAAGCCACGACCCGAGACUUUAUCGGUCAUUCCAUGGCCCUUUACCCUACGGAUGAAUACAUCGACACUCCGGGAAUGGGCAAAGAGACGGUGGAGAGGAUCCGACUGUACGCCAACUCGAUGGCUCGAUAUGGCAAAUCCCCUUACAUUUACCCCCUCUACGGUCUCGGUGAACUUCCCCAGGGGUUCGCCCGUCUUUCCGCCAUCUACGGAGGAACGUACAUGCUCAACACCUCCAUCGAUGAGAUUCAGUACGACGGCAGCAAGGUCAGCGGCAUCCAGGCCACGAUGCGCGAGCGGGGCGAGGAAGGAGAAGGGAUGAAGUUCAGCACCAAGACGAAAAUGAUCUUGGGUGACCCAUCUUACUUCCCUGGCAAGGUGCAGGUCGUCGGUCAUCUGCUCAAGGCCAUUUGCAUUCUCAACCACCCACUCGACAAGACGGCCGACAGUGACUCGUUGCAGCUCAUCAUCCCUCAAUCCCAGGUCGGUCGCAAACACGACAUCUACAUCGCCAUGGUGUCGUCGGCGCACAACGUCUGCCCGAAGGGUUACUACAUCGCCAUCGUUUCCACCAUCGCGGAGACGUCCGCCAACCACCACCUCGAACUUCAACCUGGCCUCGAGCGACUGGGUAGGAUCGAAGAGAAGUUCAUGGGUCCACCGAUCCCCUUGUACCAACCUCUGGAGAGCGGUGUGAAUGAUCAGAUCUUCAUCUCCAACAGUUUCGACGCUUCGAGUCAUUUCGAGACCGUCACCGAGAACGUUCGGGACAUUUACCGUCGGGCGAUGGGCGAGGAGUUGAAGGUGGAAGGACUGAGAGAAGGCCAGACCUUGGCAGAGGAGUGAGAGACGUGAGAGAGAAUGUAAAGUUGAAUCUUACAUUGGAUGUGACUUUUGCCAGAUCAAACAAGUACCCCAUGUCUCUUGUCAGUUGAUGCAGAUUCCUUCUUCGUUCAAGUCCGUCCUACCCUUGAAAUCUCACUUGCAUGGCGUAAGGAGUUUGUCCAAUACAGUUCUGCCAAUCUCGAGUCAAAUGAGGUGGUUGAUAUCUUGAGAUGGUUUAGACGACAAACACAUAUACUUGGUCACUCAAGUCAUACUCGGUCGGUCGGUCGGUCAAUUGGUCAGUCAUAGUCAAAUCACACUCUCAUACACGUUUUGGAACCAAUUCAUCAUUUUUUGGUGCUGUAUUUGGUCUCUCUUUCUUACAGUUUACCUUUUUUCCCCCUUCAUUCUCAACCC